UAAGGGAAACAAAAACAAUGGGAGGAAUUGAUAGGAUCAGCACAUUACCCGAUGUUCUUCUUUGUCACAUCCUUUCUUAUGUGCCAUCCAAGACAGCAGUGGCCACAAGCGUUCUAUCAAACAGGUGGAGGAAUAUUUGGCACUCCGUCCCCGCCAUCGAUCUCGAUGACUCACUCUACCUUCACAUUGGAGACUACCAUCCCUUUGCCAACGUCGCAUACGCACUCAUGCUUAGGCUACACGCCACGCAGCCAAUCCUAACUUUCCGCCUUAAAUGCCAAUCGUCUCUCUCUUGCUUCCCUUGGGAUCUAAAUCUCUGGAUCGACACUGCCAUACAACACUGCGUUGAAACCAUGGAGCUUUCGCUGCCACUUACUGCCAAGCUGCCUUCAACGGCUCUCACAAGCACGAAACUCGUGUCACUGACGCUAAGAGGAUUAACGGUGGAUAAUGUACGGAGUGUUUCGUUGCCUGCACUGAAGUUUUUGCACCUUAUCGACGAAGUUCGUUUCACUGAAAGUCGGUACUUGGAGAUGCUGCUAUCGGGCUGUCCAAUUCUUGAGGAUCUCCGGAUCGGUCAACUGGAGGUUUGGUUCAGUCAACCGCCUUUUGUGACGGAAUUUAACCUCCCCAACUUGGUCAAAGCAGAUGUUAUGAGUGUUUGGAUUCCAAUUGCCAAGUUUUAUAACGUCAACUUUCUCUCUAUUUGUGUGGCAGAAUUCCCUACUACUCCAGAAUGCACCUUUCAUAAUCUAAUUCGAAUGCAGCUGCUUGUUACACGUUCUUGUAAAUGGCAUUUGUUGGUAGGUUUGCUCAAGUAUUGCCCCAAGCUUCAAUUUCUAAGCGUUGUUGUAAAUGCCACGGUAACUAGUACAAUUGCUAGUGAAUUUGUUUACUCAUCAAAAUUGUUCAUCCCUCAAUGCGUUUCCAUGAGGCUCAGUGAGUGUGUUCUGGAAGGUUUGUGGUCAAGUCAGGAUAUUCAAUUUGCAUCGUAUGUUAUGCUUACCGCAAGAGUGUUGCGGAGAAUGGUGAUACGCAGUGCCAGCUUCUUAAACAUAGAUACUAAGUUCAAAAUGCUGAGGUAUUUGUCUCUAGUUUCAAGGAGCUCUACAAGCUGUUCACUUAUUUUUGCAUGAGGAGCUGGUAUUUAUAUGCUGACAUGGGAUGUUUAAAAGAUUUCAAUAAAGAUUAUUUGUUUCAUGUUUAAAGGAUUUUAAUUAGGACAAAUUACUUAAUUA